AAAAUGAGUUUAGUUUUCACAGAGAUGAACGAGACGUCUACUGAGGAAAUAUGGCGACUUGACUUUAGCAUUUAUUGGCUCGUGCAUACAACUAAAAAAAGCAAGAACAAAAUUACAUGCAACAGUGCCGCCUAUGUGUCAAAAACGACAUUCAGUUGCAUACGACUAACGUGAAUGAUAUAUUCAAUCGUUUUUUGCUAUCUACAGCGAUGCCAACGUUCAAAUUUAGAAUUAGUUACCAAACUUGAUUCAUAUGGAGUAUCAAUUUGACAGUUUCCGAAAACAUUUUUUCAUAUAUGGAAUAUACGUGAUACAACUGUCGUUAAAUUUUUUCCCAAAAUUCUUACAAAUUAUUAAAAUUUCAAGAAAAAAGGAAAAAAAAACAUAUGAUAUACAAACGAAGUCGAAUGGAAUUGGAACCUUCACCAUUGGCUAUCGCUGUUAAUCAAAUUUUUGAGCGACUUGAGCAUGAAUAUUCGCUAAGACAUUUACCACAAUUUGCAGACAAAGACCUACUUGAAUUAAACGGAAUUUUCGGAACAUUACUCGCUGAGUCACUGGAUUUAUUAGAUCGGGAAAAGAUUACUAUUCAUCGAAGAGCCUCCGAUAAUCGAGAGUACUUUGAAAUUAUUGAAGAUCAAAAUUCAGUUUACAAACUCUUGCCAAACUUAAACUAUUGUAUGUGCAAAACAUUUCGCGACAAAGUUUUAAACACCAACGAAUUAUACACGUGCAAACACGUUUUAGCAUCACGUUUAUGCGUGCUUAUUGGGAAAGUAAAAGUUGAAACAAAAUCAGAUGAUGCAUUCAUAUUUUCACUGCAAUUGAUUAGACCGAUGUCAACAAUUGUAGCCGACGAAUAGAUGCAGCAUUCAAAAGUAUUACAU